UGUAAAUUGUGUUCAAGAGGACCUAGCUCUACCCAUUCUUUUAACAAUCCGUCUCUCAGAUUUAUUCUGAGUGUAAAAGUAAAAGCUAUGGAUUUUUAAGUAAACAAACCUUCAUCUUUUUGACAAUAGGAGUAGAUUAUUCGUUCACAUAUGUUGCUUUUACAUGCUUCAAGCAUCUUAAGAGCCCAUGGGUAGAACUUGCCCUUAAAAACCGGCUUGUAAGGGAAGGAUGGCCUGUGAAAUUACACUUUUGUCUUUCUCACAGGCUUCCAUUUCCCUUGCCUGACCUAACUAUAUUUAUGAUACAACCUUCCUACGCAUAUCCUCAAACCCAGUAUUGCGAAAGCCCACUUGGUUAUGGGAGCAGUGUCUUUUGUUUUUCCUUAGCACUAAGAGAAUAAUACUGAGUAACAGAUCUACCUUGGAUUUGUUGCAAUCUGUCCUCAAUCAUCUAUGUUUCCUUAUCUGUAACUAUAAAUAUGUAAUGUGCCUUUUGUAAACGGCAGGCUGAAUGACAUUUGCAAUUUCUUUCUUUUCAUUACUAUUUUAUUGAAGUAUCCUUUGCAAUUUCUGCUCUUUCAUUUACAAACUCCUUUCUAUAAGCCACACCCUAUCAAUUUAUCAAUCUGAGCCUCCUCCUCCUCCUCCUCACUUAUACUCUAGUCUCUAUCGUCUCUCUUUAGUCCUUAUUAUUUCUUUUUUAGUCACAUUCAGUAAUUUCUUGUAAAGGUCGCGUUUUGCGCUCUCAACCAGGGCAUUGGAAAGGGAGUCACACAUUUGCUACUAAGCAGAUUAAUGGAAACCCAGGUUGUUAAAAAUUAGAGAUUACAGAGAAAAUAUCAUAAUUUUGAAUCGUAGGCAUAGAGAUUCUAUAAAAUACAUAUAUAUAUCACAGCACAGAGAAAAAAGCUAAUCGUUAGUUAUUAAACAAACAAAAAAAGAUGAAAAAUUUAUGACCAAGAUCAGCAUCACAUCAAAUCAUAACUCGUUAAAUUUAUCAACGAAAUAAAUUGUAUUUAUUUUUUUGUGAAAAAGUAAAGUGCAAUUAAACAAAAAAAGCCCAAAAAAUUAUAGAAGUAUUUUUUGGUGAAAAGUUAAAUGGAUAUUACCCAACUAGAGAGACCCACCCGAUAGCCAUACCACCCAAAUUAACCCAAACUCAAAUCAAACCCCAUUUGUUUUCAGAGCUCUCCCUCCCUCCUUCCUUUACAAUUACUUAUCGUCGCAUCUGAUCUCACUCACGACGAAGCUUACCUUGACACUCCAGCAACCAGGAUCUCUGGCUGGUGUUCAAAUGGUAAUUAGAUAAAAUCAAUCCCCAUCCGUGACUGUUUUGCCAGCACUGACUCACUGAGCUAUCGUCCAUCGCCGAUGAUAAACACUUCAAAAGUUCUUUGAUAGUCUAGCAUUAGCUGCAGUUUUCCUGUUUCUUAGACCCUGAUGUCUCUCAGAAAGCCCCCGCUUCCCCGUCUCCUUCUCGACAAUGUCUCUUGUAUGAGGAAUGCCCAACAAAUCUUGAGACAUGUAAAUGCCUCCAUUCAUGAUGGUGGAGCACUUGUACUGAUGGGCACUAAUGGCUCAGGCAAGACUACCUUCCUGCGUAUGUUGGCUGGAUUUUCUCGUCCUUCAGCUGGUCAGGUCCUGUGGAACGGGCAUGACAUCACAGAUUCAGGUGUUUUCCACCAGUACAAGCUUCAACUUAACUGGCUCUCCCUUAAAGAUGCUGUGAAGGAGAAGUUCACAGUUCUGGACAAUGUUCAGUGGUUUGAAGUUCUUGAAGGCAAGCAGGGGAAUUCAAUGCCAGCUUUGGAGCUGAUGGGGCUUGGGAGACUGGCAAAGGAGAAAGCAAGAAUGCUGUCGAUGGGGCAGCGGAAAAGGCUGCAGCUCGCGAGGUUGCUGGCAAUGGAUAGGCCAAUCUGGUUGCUUGAUGAGCCUUCUGUUGCUUUGGACACUGAGGGGCUGAAGUUGCUUGAAUAUAUCAUUGCAGAGCAUAGGAAGAAAGGUGGAAUUGUGAUUGUGGCAACACAUCAGCCAAUUGAGAUUGAAGAUGCUAUGUAUUUGAGGCUGCCACCUAGGUUCCCAAGGAGGAUGACUCUGGUAGAUAUGCUUGAUCGUUCGGAUUUUUGAAUUUAAAUUUACAAGGAAAAAAUUUUGUCAUUGAGAUUAUGAGAUUGAGAAGUCCUGUUAGUGGUGUUCAGUAGAAGAUUCUAAGCCAUUGCAAAAUGCAAAUUAUGGACUUCUGAUUUCUAUAGUUAAUGGUAACAAAACGUUUUUGCA